CAAACCAUCAAACUCGCAGACAGGCCGCAUGGCGGCGACAUCCCAUCCCGUCAAGGUUCUACACUUUUCUGUCUUGUUGCCUCUGUGGACAUUGUACCGCGCACAGCAUAACCUAUGAAUCCUCAGCUCGUGUCGCCGACCACCUUUGCACAGCGUCAAGUCACGCUCGCUUUACUUCUGACACCUGCAACAACGCUGUCUGUUUCUGUCUCCCAUCUCAUCUCGAUGGUCGAUAAUUACUCGCGUCGCCAAGUUUGCCCUUGCCUUGUGUUACUAUCGUUGGCCGUUCGCCCAUUCAGCCCAUGUGCACCAGCAUACCGCUACCUGCCGUUGACUUGCCUCAUCUCGAGACAUACAAUACCAUCUUGGACUACUAGACCUCGGAAAAGGUUUCAACAAAAAAAGGUACCGUACGACCAUGACCACAUCAUCUCACACAAGCAGAGGAGUCCUUGCCUGUGCCUAUCUAGUAGGCGCACAAGACCGUCCAGACGGUCUGUUCCAUGCCCGUUGGCGUGCGCGGGCCACAGGUCGCAGGGUGAAAGAGGGGACCGUGAAGCAAGUCGAUAGGAAACUUGUAAACACCGGCAUCCCAAGCCUACCUUACCGCGAACCGUUUCCUAUCAAGUCAACCAAGGAACAGCCUUGGAUCUCGCAGGAACCGGCUCGAUUUUUAG